AUGUCCGUUGUCAGCUCAAACGCUCCCGAUCGAGAACAGCCUACUCCACGAACCGUCUUCCUCCUGCUGGUCUCUGGGGUCGAGUGUGCCAUUGGCAUCAUUGGGAACGGCUUCAUCGCCGCCAUCCACGGGACGGCGUGGGCCAGGGGCAGAAGGGUCCCUGUGUGCGACCGCCUUCUGUUCUUCCUAAGCAUCUCCAGGAUCCUGCUGCAGAUCUGGAUGAUGGUGGAGAACACUUACAGUCUCCUGUUCUGGCGCGCUUACAACCAAAACACAGUGUACACACUGUUCAAGGUCAUCCUGUUGUUUCUGAACUACUUCAACCUCUGGCUGGCCGCCUGGCUCAACGUCUUCUACUGCCUGCGCAUCGCCAACUUCACACACCGUCUGUUCUCCCUGCUGAGGAGGAGGGUGGUGGCGCUCAUGCCCUGGUUGCUGAGGCUGUCCCUGCUGGCCUGCCUGUGCUUCAGCCUCUCCUUCUCUCGCGACAUCUUCCAAGUCUACACCAAUGCCUCCAUUCCCGUCCCCGCCCUCAACUCCACAGAGAAGAAGUUCUUCUACGAGACCAACCUGUCUGGCCUGGUUCUGCUCCUUUACCUGGGCAUCUGCAUUCCUCUCAUCCUGUUCGUGCUGGCGGCCACCCUGCUGAUCCUCUCUCUCCGGCGACACACCCGCUACAUGAAGAGCAAAGCCUCGGGCUCCACGGACCCCAGCAUGGAGGCUCACCUGGGGGCCAUCAAAGCCAUCAGCUACUUCCUAGUUCUCUACAUUCUCAACGCCAUUGCACUGUUUCUUUCCAUGUCCAACUUCCUGGACCCCGACAGCACCUGGAAUAGUCUGUGCAAAAUCAUCAUGGCAGCCUACCCUGCUGGCCACUCUGUGCUACUGAUCUUGAGCAACCCUGGACUGAGAAGAGCCUGGAAGAGGUUCUAA